CAUGAAACUAAUGAAACUAUCAGUUACUUGUAAUGACGACAAAUAGUGCUUAAACCUCAGCCGGUGUUGUUCAGCCGAUAGUUGCAUGCAGUAAAUAAGUGCAGUAGAUUGAAAAAUUGUGUCAAUUUUGUUCACGGUAAAAUAAUGUCGUAUAAAAUAGAAAUUGCGAAGGGUUCUUUAGCCUGUGCCUUGGGCGAAGGUCCGCACUGGGACGCUGCGAAGAAGGAGUUGCUCUACGUUGAUAUUCUUGGUCAAGGUGUCCUGCGCUAUGUCCCCGCAACGCAAGAGUGCUACCGGGUAUCGAUCGAAUGUGGCACCGUGUCCCUUGUGGUUCCCGUGGAAAACAAUGCCAAUCAGUACCUACUCGGGAUUGGGAGGACGAUACAGUUGAUGGAAUGGGAUGGCAAAUCACCAAAGCCGACCAGUCUUAAAAUUUUGCACACUGUGGAUAACGAAGAUGAUCGAAUUAAAAAUAGGUUUAAUGAUGGCAAGUGCGAUUCGCAAGGCAGACUUUAUGCUGGAACGAUGGGAUAUUUGGAACAAUCAACGUUAAAACUUGACGAUAAAAAGGGGACCUUGUACUCAAUCCAGGGAAACAAAGUGAAUCGACAUUUUGGGGGGAUCGACAUUUCGAAUGGACUCGCGUGGUCGCCGGACGAUAAAGUGAUGUACUACAUUGAUUCAUUCACGUACAGGGUGGAUGCUCAUGACUAUGAUGGAAAAACUGGAAUAUUAAGCAAUCCUCGACCAGUCUUUGAUCUGAAGGCCGAGGGUGUAGUUGGCGUCCCUGACGGAAUGACCAUUGAUGCCGAUGGAAAUUUGUGGAUUGCACUUUUCGACGGUGGGAAGGUGAUUCAUGUUGACCCCAUCAGUGGAAAGAAGAUUGGAGAAGUGAAAGUUCCCACUGGGAAAGUGACCUCAGUCGCAUUCGGUGAUCCUCAAUUGGACACACUGUACAUUACAACGGCUAGCAAAUUCAGGAAGGAUGGCACCGUCGAACCAGAGCCAGGUGCUGGUGAAUUGUACGCCGUCACAAACCUUGGCGUUAAGGGAUUAUCUGCUGGUUAUGGUUAUAAAGGGAAUUAAGAAUGUACAUGAUUCGAAACUUGAGAGUGAAGUCAGAUGAUGUGAAGUGGAAAUCAAUUUUCAAGAUAAUAAAAUUAUAGACACAUAUUUAGUCGCUC